GCGGGCACGUGAGGGUCUGGAGCGGAACCGGGCUCCUCGCCCUCCCCCUGGACUGGGGAGGGUCCGAGCUCCGGAAGAGCGGCGGCCUGUCUGAAGAGCAUGCAGCCCCCUCGCUCCCCACCUGGCCUCGCCAUCCCUGCCCCCCCAGCCUGACCCCCGGCCCCAGCAUGGCCCAGGGUGCCAUGCGCUUCUGCUCAGAAGGCGACUGUGCUAUCUCCCCACCACGAUGCCCUCGUCGCUGGCUCCCCGAAGGCCCAGUACCCCAGAGCCCCCCCGCCAGCAUGUAUGGCAGCACAGGCUCCCUGCUGCGGCGAGUGGCAGGCCCAGGGCCUCGAGGCCGGGACCUGGGACGUGUGACGGCACCCUGUACACCUCUGCGAGGUCCUCCCUCUGCUCAUGUUGCUCCCUCACCCUGGGCACCCUCCUCACCCCCUGGGCAGCCCCCACCAGGGACCCGGAGCUCUGUGGUCAUCUUCCGCUUUGUGGAGAAGGCCAGCGUGAGGCCACUGAAUGGGCUACCCGCGUCUGGAGGCCUGAGUCGGAGCUGGGACCUGGGCGGGGUGUCUUCUUCCAGGCCCACCCCAGCCCUUGGUCCUGGCUCCACCCGAAAGUUUCGGCUGGAGGCAUCCACAUCAGACCCCCUUCCGGCUGCAGGAGGCUCUGCCCUUCCUGGCAGCGAGAACUCCCUCUGUGGGCCACCAGUCCCACCCCAGGUUGGGGCAGAUGGCUUGUACUGCUCUCUCCCUAACGGCCUGGGGGCCCCUCCUGAGCACCUAGCCACACUAUGCCGAGGACCUGCUGACACUGGGCUCCUGAACCAGGGGGACCCCUGGUCCUCCCCCAAGGAAGUCUCCUCCCAUGCCCAGAGGAUUGCUCGAGCCAAAUGGGAAUUCUUCUAUGGCUCCUUGGACCCCCACAGCUCAGGUGCUAAGCCCCCGGAGCAGGCGGUCCCCGCCCCCGCCACGGUGGGCUCGGGGCCGGGCUCUGGGGUGGCUGUGGGGCGAGCAGCUGAGUACUCUGAGACGGACUUGGAUGCGGUGCCCCUGAGGUGCUACCGAGAGACCAACAUUGACGAGGUGCUGGCUGAGCGAGAGGAAGCCGACUCGGCCAUUGAGAGUCAGCCCAGCUCUGAGGGCCUGCCUGGCACUGCCCGCCCGGCCGCCCCACACCCUGGCCUGUGCCCCAGGCCUUGCUCCAGCCUGGGCAGUGGCGAUGAGGAUGAGGAUGUGGAUGACGAGGUGUUUGAGGCCUCCGAGGGGGCCCGCAGGCCAGGGAGCCGGAUGCCUCGCCCUGGGCCUGUCAAGUCACCCGUGCCCUUCCUCCCUGGGACCAGCCCUUCUGCCAAUGGGCCUGACUCUUUCAGUUGUGUGUUCGAAGCCAUCCUGGAGUCACACCGGGCCAAGGGGACCUCCUACACCAGCCUCGCCUCUCUGGAGGCCCUGGCCUCACCUGGCCCAACCCAGAGCCCCUUCUUCACCUUUGAGCUGCCUCCCCAGCCCCCUGCGCCCCGGCCUGACCCACCUGCUCCCGCCCCACUUGCCCCUCGGGAGCCGGAUUCCGGUACCAGCUCUGCUGCUGACGGUCCUUGGACACCAAGAGGGGAGGAGGAGGAGGAGGAGGAGGCAGAGUCUGGAGCCCAGCUGCCCCCAGGGAGGGAGACCCCUAGUCCCUGCCACUCAGAGGACGGCCUCGGGCGGGGGGCAGCACCCCUGGGCAGGGGCUGGCGGCCCAGGGCGGAUCUGGGUGACCUCUGGGAGCUCUGCCCCACCCUGACCUGCUGUCCUCCCGGCAGUGAGCCACCCCUGAGUCAGCUGGUCUCAGACUCAGACUCAGAGCUGGACAGCACAGAGCGGCUGGCGCUGGGAAGCACGGAUACCUUGUCCAAUGGGCAGAAAGCGGAUCUGGAGGCCGCACAGCGCCUUGCCAAGAGGCUGUACCGCCUAGAUGGCUUCAGGAAGGCUGAUGUGGCCCGGCACCUGGGCAAGAACAAUGACUUCAGCAAGCUGGUGGCGGGAGAGUAUCUCAAGUUCUUUGUCUUCACGGGCAUGACUCUGGACCAAGCUCUCAGGGUGUUUCUCAAGGAGCUGGCCCUAAUGGGUGAGACCCAGGAACGGGAGCGUGUGCUGGCCCACUUCUCCCAGCGGUACUUCCAGUGCAACCCUGAAGCUUUGUCCUCAGAGGACGGCGCCCACACACUGACCUGCGCCCUCAUGCUACUCAACACUGAUCUCCACGGCCACAACAUAGGGAAGCGCAUGACCUGUGGGGACUUCAUCGGGAACCUGGAGGGCCUCAACGACGGAGGCGACUUCCCCAGGGAGCUGCUUAAGGCCUUGUACAGCUCCAUCAAGAAUGAGAAGCUGCAGUGGGCCAUAGACGAGGAAGAGCUGAGGCGCUCCCUGUCUGAACUGGCCGACCCCAACCCCAAGGUCAUCAAGCGGGUCAGCGGGGGCAGCGGCAGCGGCUCCAGCCCUUUCCUGGACCUGACUCCUGAGCCCGGGGCCGCCGUUUACAAGCACGGGUCCCUGGUGCGCAAGGUGCACGCAGACCCCGACUGCCGGAAGACGCCUCGGGGCAAGCGGGGCUGGAAGAGCUUCCACGGGAUCCUCAAGGGCAUGAUUCUCUACUUGCAGAAGGAGGAGUACCAGCCCGGGAAGGCGCUCUCUGAGGCCGAGCUCAAGAACGCCAUCAGCAUCCACCACGCCCUGGCCACUCGAGCCAGCGACUACAGCAAGAGGCCCCAUGUUUUCUACCUGCGCACGGCGGACUGGCGGGUCUUCCUCUUCCAGGCUCCGAGCCUGGAGCAGAUGCAGUCCUGGAUCACUCGCAUCAACGUGGUGGCCGCCAUGUUCUCUGCACCCCCCUUCCCAGCUGCUGUCAGUUCCCAGAAGAAGUUCAGCCGUCCGCUGCUGCCCAGUGCUGCCACCCGGCUCUCCCAGGAAGAGCAGGUGCGGACCCACGAAGCCAAGCUGAAGGCCAUGGCAAGUGAGCUUCGUGAGCACCGGGCCACCCAGCUGGGGAAGAAGGCCCGAGGCAAGGAGGCGGAUGAGCAGCGGCAGAAGGAGGCCUACCUGGAGUUCGAGAAAUCUCGCUAUGGCACCUAUGCAGCGCUGCUCCGGGUCAAGCUGAAGGCCGCCGGCGAGGGGCUGGACACCAUGGAGGCCGUGCUGGCCCAGGCCGGGAGCGAGGAGGAGGCCCGUCCCCCGCCUCGUCGGGGCCCCGCCCCACAGCCUGACCCCAGCGGCCCGCCGCGGGCCCAGCGCCCUGGCUCAGCAGCGCGGGCCGGCGCGGGCAGCGCACCCCGGAAGCCCUGAGCUGGGACAGGCAGCGUGGGGGUGUCUUUGGGCACCUGCAUGACGACAGGCCCUGCCUGAGCCCGGCAGGCCUCGGGCCACACAGGGCCUCCCAGCAGGGCCCGACCGCGCCGGACGCGGGGUCUGGGCAGGGCAGGGCAGGGCAGGGCAGGUUCGGCCUUGGGCGCCUAGGCUGAGGGCCCCGGAGACCCCUUUGUGAUAAUGUUUGCACUUUUUCCUACAGGGGGUGGGGUGGGGGGAGGGACAAGUGCCCGAAUUUUGAUGCAGUAUUUUUUUUGUGUGGGGGGGAGGCCUGAUGACGUUUCUGCUUUCUGCUGAGACCACCCACCCUGACCCUAGCAGUCCCCAUCCUGGGACCUGGCUCAGACAGAGGCCAGGAGUUGGGGCUGGGCUGGUUUUCCCUCCUCCUCCCCAAGGGCUCAUCUCUCUGUUCCAGAGGUGGCGAAGGGCGCCACGCACAGGCCAGCAGCACGGCCUGCUCCCCUCCUUGGGCCCUGCCCUCUGUACAGCCUCCACCCCAUUAAAACUGCUCUGAAUUGCUGGC